GAAACCACACCAGUGAGGAGGAGCAGCAGCAGCAGCAGGAGGAGGAUUUAACUGGAGUGUGUUAAUUUGUAUUGGGGGUUGUGAUGUCUUGAGGGGAGGGCUGGAUUAGAAAGCUGUGGCCCGUAGAAAGACACGAGGAGUCGGGUUUCAGCUUUGCGAGGGCCCCUAGACUCUGAUGCACUGAAGCUGCCUUUGUUUGACUGGGAACCAGAGAGAGAGAGAGGGCGAGAGAGAGCGCAAGGGAGAGGAGGAGGAGGAGAGUGAGAGAGAGCUUUUAGUUUGGAGUUAGUGAGAGAGAGGCAGAGUGGGCUCCAUCUCUCUCUCUCUCUUACCAAGGCAAUCACACAUGAAUAAGACAACUUGAGUUUGGAUCUAAGCUUACCAUCACCGAAGAUGACUUCAUGCAUUCCUCCCUGGUUCUUUGGAUUAUUUCUACUAGUCCUCCGAUUCUGCUGCCAUCGCUCCUCUGCCUAUCAGCUGCUGGACGACAGUGGUGCUCAGGGAGCCUUGGAUCUGACAGAGUUGAUCGGCGUUCCACUUCCUCCCUCUGUCUCCUUUGUUACGGGUUUCGGGGGUUACCCUGCCUACAGCUUUGGCCCGGAUGCCAACGUGGGCCGCCUCACAAAGUCAUUCAUCCCCGACCCAUUCUGCUAUGAUUUUGCCAUCACGGUCACAGCUAAACCUACAACACGCCGUGGUGGUGUGCUGUUCGCCAUUACAGAUGCUUACCAAAAGAUUGUACACUUAGGUAUAGCGUUGUCUGAAGUAGAGGAUGGUUCCCAGAAAGUCAUAUUGUACUACACCGACCCAGGAACAAGAGGUGGGACCCAGGAAGCAGCUUCCUUCAAAAUGGGAGACCUGACAGGGAGAUGGGCGAGGUUUACCCUGACUGUACAGGGGGCAGAGGUGCGUCUCUACAUGGACUGCGAGGAAUACCACAGAGUUGCCUUCACCAGGAGCCCUCAGCCUCUGACCUUCGAGGCCAGCUCGGGGAUCUUCGUAGGGAAUGCUGGGGGUACGGGCCUGGCGAGGUUUGUGGGCACCAUCCAGCAGCUGGUGCUGAAGUCGGAUCCCACGGCCCCAGAUGACCAGUGCGAGGAGGACGAUCCUUAUGCCUCUGGAUACGGAAGUGGUGAUGAUGCUUAUGAAGACAUUGAAGGAAGAGACGAAGUGAAGAAGAUUGUGGAGGAGAGAGAGUAUACCGUGCCCCUCCCAGAGCUGGACCCCACUUACAGCUCCCCAGUCCGAGCUCCACCCACCGAGAUGUCGUUAGGUGAUGAUGAAGACAUAGAGGAGACUUCUGGACAGGAAGUGGAGAAGACCACAGAAAGAGUAAAAUCUUUUGAGACAGAUAUUCCAGCCUCCGUACUUGACACUUCCCUUCAGGUGUACCCAGGACAGAAAGGGGAGCCAGGUGAGCCAGGUCCAGCCGGUCCCCCAGGACCACCCGGCCCUCCAGGACAAGCCUCAGGAGAGGGGGAGGGAGGGGAGCCAGGACCCCGGGGCCCACAAGGACCACAGGGACAUCCAGGCCCACCGGGACUUCCUGGGAAAGAUGGACAGCCUGGAAGCAAAGGUGAAACUGGUGUCCCAGGAGCAACAGGGAUUCCAGGAUUCCCAGGACUACAGGGAGAGCCUGGUCUCCAGGGAGAAAAGGGUGAUCCUGGUGUUGGGCUACCAGGUCCUCCAGGCCCUCCUGGACUUCCAGGUCGACCCAGCAAGUCUUCCAUGUUCCUGGAGGGGUCCGGAUUUGAAGACUUUGACAGUGAUGCAGAGAUUAUUAGGGGGCCUCCAGGGCAUCCAGGCCCCCCGGGUCAGCCAGGGCCCCCAGGAACCCCAUCUACGGACGUCUUUCCUGGACCACCUGGGGCUCCUGGGAAAGAUGGAAAGGAUGGAGAGGAGGGUAAACCUGGACUUCCAGGAGUUGAUGGAAAAGAUGGGGAUCCAGGGCCUGCUGGGGAGAAAGGAGACAAGGGAGAGCCUGGUGUGAGCGGAAAACCAGGACCAAAGGGAGAUCAGGGCCUUCAAGGGUUUCCAGGCCUACCAGGCUCAGAGGGUACAGAAGGGCAGCCUGGUCCCAGGGGUCCACCUGGCCCCCCUGGCCCCCCUGGUCCCCCUGGAAGAGGCUUUACUUUGGAGUUGGAGGACUUGGAAGCAUCUGGGAUGCAGAGUGGUUCUGAAGCUACACUCUACAGAGGCCCACAGGGUCCUCCUGGAAUCCCUGGACUUGAAGGACCCAAGGGUGAAGAUGGCUUAGCCGGCCCCCCAGGAAAGCCGGGAGAAAAGGGGGAGCCAGGUGCUACAGGACCACCAGGGAUUCCAGGACUGAAUGGACUAAAAGGGGUUGAGGGACCAAAGGGGAACAAAGGUGAUCCAGGACUAAAGGGAGAGGCGGGACGGGACGGGCUCAAUAUACCCGGCCCUCCAGGACCACCUGGACCACCAGGACCCAUUAUCAAUCUCCAGGAUCUUCUACUUAACGAUACAGAUGGUGCCUUCAACUUCUCAGGGAUUUUUGAAGCUCAGGGGCCCACUGGACCACAGGGUCCAAAGGGUGACAUUGGGUUGCCAGGAGUUCAAGGACCUCCAGGACUGAAAGGUGAAAAGGGUGAGCCAGGAUUUGUUAUCGCAGGAGCUGGAUCAGGCCUGACUGGUCCAAUGGGACCCAAAGGAGUCAAGGGAGAUAAUGGUGUAGCUGGACCCGCUGGAAUUCCAGGGCCUAUGGGACCACCAGGACCCAAAGGAGAAUUUGGUUUUCCUGGACGACCUGGUCGUCCAGGCCAGAUGGGACCAAAAGGAGAGAGAGGGGACUCUGUAGGCCUGCAGGGACCUCCUGGCCCCCCUGGGCUGCCGGGCCGCCCUGGAAUAUUCAACUGCCCCAAAGGAACAGUGUUCCCCAUCCCUCCCAGACCCCACUGCAAAAUGGCCAACUGUUCGAGGAUGGUUCUAAAAUAUUCCUGCAUGCUGCAUGUCCAGGCUGGGAAGGUGAAGGCUCAUUGCCAAAACAAAAUGGAGCUUAAUCCCAAUGGAACCAUUGCAGUUGGUAACUGUCAGAUGGGACUUAAAGGAGAAAAGGGAGAGAGAGGCUUUCCUGGGAUACCGGCUCCAACAAACACAUUUCUUCCCAGGGCAGGCUGGGGGGCAAGAGGUGACCAGGGCAUUAAAGGACAGAAGGGAGACAAGGGGGAGGCAGGGUUUCCCGGGCAACCAGGUAUCCCAGGGAGACCAGGACUUGUGGGACCCAAAGGAGAGUCAGUGCUUGGUCCACCAGGUCACCCUGGGGUGCCAGGUUCACCAGGUAUCCCAGGCUAUGGUAGACCAGGGCCGGUCGGCCCUCCUGGGCCACCAGGGCCUCCAGGACCCCCUUGGUCAUCCUCAAGAUAUGGCUCGGCUUUGACUAUUGCUGGCCCUCCUGGACCUCCUGGACCAGCUGGACCUCCUGGACCUUCGGGUAACACAGCAUCACUGAAAACGUUUUCGACCCGUGAGAGUAUGAUGCAGCACACCCUCAGGGAUGCAGAGGGAACUCUGGCGUACGUCACAGCAACAGGAAGUCUCUUCCUCAAGGUUUCCCAGGGAUGGAAAGAGAUACAGCUUGGCAGUCUGAUCUACCUCUCUAAUAACAUUAUUCCACAAGAUGAGCCUCGAGUUGCAUAUCAGAUAAGAGGAGACACGAUGGAAAGAAUACGUUCAGUUACAGAAAGGCUCAACCUGGUGGCCUUGAACCAGCCCCACUCAGGCAACAUGAUGGGGCUUGACACGGCUGACCGGAUGUGUUACGAGCAAGCCAAGGCGAUGGGUUUGGCUCCAAACUACCGUGCUUUCAUUUCUUCUCACAGGCAAGACCUGGUCCAUGUGGUCUAUCCUGGUUUCCGAGAAACUCUGCCAGUUACCAACCUCAGGGGAGACGUGAUGUUUAGGAACUGGCGGUCAAUUUUCAAUGCCGAUGGGGGUCCAAUAGAUGCCAGGAUACCCAUCUACUCCUUUGACGGCCGGGAUGUUUUAGCUGACCCCUUCUGGUCUCAGAAGAGUAUCUGGCACGGCUCCACCAGCAGGGGUCUCCGAAUGGUCGACAAACACUGUGAGACUUGGCGAGCGGACCACAUGUCUGUCAUGGGCCAGUCAUCGAGCCUGACCUCAGGUCUGCUCCUCGGCCAGCAGACGCGGAGCUGUUCCAACCAGUACAUUGUUCUUUGCAUCGAGACCCACAAAAACCCUUAAAUCCCCCCAUUCCACUCCACCAAGGAACCCAUCCCAGCCACCGUAAAUGUUUAACACUCGGGGAAAAAAUUUGAGUGUCUUUUUUUUUUUUAGAAAAGGACGUCAUUUUCGGCAUAUCUUCGGUGCUACAUGUAGCAUUUUGUGGUUUUUUUUGUUUUUUUUUUAAACAGAGGACCACAUUUGACACCUGUCUUUCACAAAGAGGAUGUUAGUACUUCUGACAUCACUCUGUUCUUUCUGAGGAGCGGGAAGUUUAAGAGGCAGUAACAAACUCUUGACAACAGCAAAGAUAUCAUCUGGGAAGGUAAGCUAACGUGAAGUUGAUGCUACACUGUGGAACUGGAAUCAUUUUGUGGAUUGCUUGCGAUCCAGAUUUGCUCCUUUUUUAAAGGAAUGUCUCUUUGUGUUGUAAAGUAAUCCAGCAGAUUUCCCCUUGUAUUCAACCUGGUGGCACAUAAUGUAAAAUGCAACACAGUGGCUGAUGAAAGCUGUCAGUCUUCUUGUACUUAAUCAUGACAGUAAUGGUAACAUCUCAAAGAGAUUGUGGUAAUGAUUUAUUAAUGUUAAAAUGAUACACACAGCACCUUUAACCUUUUUAUUCAAGGAAAGUGGACUCAUUUGCACCAAGACACAUCUGUGUCACUUUACAAGAAUCAAAGAUAAAUGGCUUUUUCCCCACAUAUCAUCCAGGUGUGUUGAGGAUAAGAUGUAUCUUUUUCAAGUUUAUUGUCUUUGUUGUUCAACAGACUGAAAGUAAAGACUGGGGGGCUGCAGGAAUCUGCACCUGUCCUGAAAUGUGGCAGUUUUAACAAAUAAUAGCUUUCCAAAGACUUAAGUGAUGGAAGCAUAAAGGGCUACUUUCACUGUUUUGUUUACAGGUUGUCAUGGAGAGUUUUACCCCCUGAAAAAAUUUCAGUAGAAGUUUACUCGAUGUUUUAAGGGCAAAAAGCUUAACUUACAUAGUCGCUCGUCCAACAGUGGGAUGCCCAGACAACCAGUGUUGCCACCAAAGUAAUUUUUGAUGCACUGUACUUUAUUUUUAAAAUAUUUUCUAGUUUAACAUUUUCAUCCUUGAACAUGUUGUUUGUGUUGUAGCUUUUCAUACAUCUUGGUGAUCUCACUUCUUAUCAGCUCUAACUCUCAAUAGACUAUUUAAUUUACCGUCAAUGAUUUAUUUAUACCGUCACAGCACAUAACAUGAAAUCAGAAGAUUAAAUUUAAGAAUGUAAUUUAUCGUUUGUUGUUUGUCAAAUGACUUUCUUCUCACUUUUUGCCUCUUUUCUAUUUUUUGUACUUUUGUUUUUACGAUCAUUGACUGAUUUUUUUUUUUUUUUUUUUUUUUAUGUUGAACAGUAAAAACACAUUUUUUCACCAAAUGUAGAGAUACAAUUGAAAGAAGCUAAAUAUUUUCAUGCUGAAAAAAAAUACUAAAAGAAAUUCCAAGGGAAAAAGUGAGAGCACAUGUUUUUGUAUAAAUAUUGGUGCUUUAUUGAAUAAAGUUUUCUCUUUUCAUAA